AGCCGCGGUGGAUCAACGUUUCAUGGCAUUUUGGAAAGUAGGGUGCCAUGGCUGGAAGAUACAUCAACGAGGACACGGUGGAAUCUGAGCGACCACUCAAAGUAUGUGCCGAGGCUGGAAGAAAAUGUGUCCGAAACAUUCAUCAGUAUCCAGUGCUAUCUGCAGAGUGGAUCUCUUUGGUGGACUCGCUGAAGCAGCUCUCUCGCUUGGUGCAGCUGGAGGGGAGAAUGCCGGCGAACCCAAAGGUCCUAGAAACUCAAGGCCGGGAUCGAGACUCAAGCGGCACAUUGUGGGAUCAGGAGGCCCAUGAAAAUGCAAUUCGAAUAUUGGUGGAGGAGGCCAAGGUGAACUUGUGCCUCAGGAUGAUGUACGACUACAAGAAGUGGCAGUACAAUGCCGCCGAAAGGCAGGCAACGAUGGACGAAGCCACCAAGGCCUAUGAAUCUACGGAAUCGACUCUGGAACAGAAAUGUGUCCAGUUCGAGGAGUGUCUUGGAACGCUGUUGCGAAAGGCGUUCGUUCAUGUGGAAACAUUGCAGCUGAUGGACAUACCCUUGCUUAUUGAGCAUUGUGCAUACAUUCUUCAGUCUUGCUUUUCGAUGGAGAGCCCGGGUGACGCCAGACUUCAGGAGACAGUGAUUUUGUACUACUUCGGCUCUUUGAUGCGACAUGCAGAGGCACUGAACAAUUCAGAACUUCUGGCAAGAAGCAGGGAUGUCCAACUGGUGGAACUGGCCGUUGGCCAUUACCUGCGCUUUGCAGAUCAGUUUCCUGAGGAGCUGAAACACAGCCUGGCAGAUGGGUUGUCGGCUAUGGCUGACAACGAGGAUUUCCAGACAGAGUGGGAAUACUUCUUUCCAAGCCCGGAUGCAAAAUCCAACUUCUUGCUUCUUGAAGAGAAGCUGACUACCCCCAUCCUUCAGGAGAAGCCAGACAAACGGCGAGAAAUCAGACCCCUCUUGGACUUCUUCAACACGAUCAAAAGAUCGUUGUAAACAGCCGAGCGAUGCUGCACUGCGCAGCGCUCGCCUGUAUGGGCAACGCAGAAGACAAGCUUUGUGGAGCGAAUGCUUCAAACAAAAGGACACCAAAGGGAACA